AUGCCUGAGUACAAAAUCACAGAGGUGCCUACGACCCCGUUUGAUGGUCAGAAGCCAGGAACGUCCGGGUUGAGAAAGAAAACCACGGUGUUUCAGACAGAACACUACACGGAGAACUUCCUCCAGGCGGUGUUUGACUCGAUUCCUGAGGGAAGUGCAAACGCCACCUUGGUUGUUGGAGGGGAUGGCCGCUACUACAACGACCACUUUGUUAACUUGAUUGCGAGGAUUGGCGCAGCCAACGGCGUGAAGAAGUUGAUCAUUGGUGAAAACGGGAUCUUGUCUACACCUGCGGCCUCGCAUGUCAUUAGGACCCUCAACGGGCCUGGCGGCAUCACUGGCGGCAUAAUUCUUACUGCUUCCCACAACCCCGGUGGUCCUACAAAUGAUUGUGGAAUCAAGUACAAUCUCAGCAACGGUGGUCCGGCUCCGGAGUCGGUCACCAACAAGAUGUACGAAUGCUCCUUGCAUCUUUCCCACUACAAAAUUAUUAGCGACUUGCCUGCAAUCGACAUUGGGAAGCUAGGAGUUACCAAGUACGGCCCGCUAGAAGUCGAGAUCAUUGACCCGACAGAAGCCUACGUGGCAAUGCUGAAAUCAAUCUUUGACUUCGACCUCAUCAAAUCUUUCAUUACCGGCCACAAGGAGUUCAAGUUUUUGUUUGAUGCCUUGAAUGGAGUCACUGGACCUUACGGUCGGGCCAUUUUUGUGGACGAGUUGGGUUUCCCAGAGUCCUCCAUACAAAACUGCACGCCCUUGGGCGACUUUGGUGGCUUACAUCCGGAUCCAAACUUGACAUAUGCCAAGACAUUAGUCGACAAGGUCGACGCUGAGAAAAUUACUUUCGGUGCAGCCUCGGAUGGUGACGGUGAUAGAAACAUGAUUUACGGUUACAAAGCCUUUGUCUCGCCAGGUGAUUCCGUUGCUAUCAUCUCCGAACACGCCGAGUCAAUCCCUUACUUUAAGAAAAGUGGAAUUUAUGGUCUUGCAAGAUCCAUGCCUACUUCUGCGGCCAUUGACUUGGUCGCCAAGGAGAAGGGCUUGAACGUCUACGAAGUCCCAACAGGCUGGAAAUUUUUCUGUGCCUUGUUUGACGCAAACAAAUUGUCCAUCUGCGGUGAAGAAUCGUUCGGCACAGGGUCGAACCACAUCCGAGAAAAAGAUGGACUUUGGGCAAUUGUUGCAUGGCUCAACGUUUUGGCUGCCUUUGCUGCCGCCAACCCGGGUGCCGAGGUGUCAAUAGGCAACAUACAGCGUCUAUUUUGGAAGAAAUAUGGACGUGUUUUCUUCACCAGAUACGACUACGAAAAUUGUGAUUCUGAAGGUGCCACUAAAAUUAUAGACUUCUUGCAAUCCAAGGUUAACGACCCAUCUUUUGUUGGUUCAACGUUCCCGACCGGAAGCAAGGUGAAGGAGGCCGCCAAUUUCUCAUACACAGAUCUAGAUGGCUCGGUGUCGAAAAACCAAGGCUUGUUUGUCAAACUCGAAGAUGGUCUUCGUUUCGUUGUCAGAUUAUCAGGUACAGGAUCGUCCGGUGCGACAAUCAGACUUUACUUGGAAAAGCAUUCCCUAAACAAAACGGAUGAAACUUUUGCCCUCUCUGUCGAAGAAUAUUUGGCAGAUGAUAUCCCUGAGGUCAUUAAAUUUUUGCAAUUCCAAGAAAACAUCGGUAGAUCUAAGCCUGAUGUUAAAACCUGA